UGCUCGCGACAAACGAAAGGAAGCUAACGAAGCGCCGUGCCAAGCGGAGUGUCAGCUGAGCCAGCUAGCAGAGCAGUGUUCAAAGAAAUUCAUGUUUGGUGAGCAAGAAACAAACAAAAUAAAAAAGCAAAAUAGUUGUAGCAUGCAACAACAACAGCAAGAAAUUUAUUAGCAACACUAGCAAAAGUGGAGUGAAGCAAAAACAACAAGUAACAAAAGCAGCGAGAGUGUAGCAAAAAACAACAAAUAAAUAAACAAAAAUAAAGCAACAACAAGUUAGGCAGCCAGCGUAAAGAAACAAAAAUUAAUAACCGAAAAUAGGGCAACAACAAAAAGUAAUAAGCAAAAAUAAAGCAACAAAAAAAAUUUACUUGCAAAAAUAAAACAACAACAAAAAAUAUAUGUACUUGCGAAAAUAAAACAACAACAAAAAUUUACUUGCGAAAAUAAAGCAACAACAAAAAUUAAACAACAACAAAAAUUCACUUGCUAAAUUAAAACAACAACAACAAAAAUUUACUUGCAAAAAAUAAAACAACAACAACAAUUAACAAGCAACAACAACAAUUUACUUGCAAAAAAAUAAAGCAACAACAAAAAUUAACAAGCGAAAAUACAAUUAUAACAGCAGCAGGCUAGCGAAUACAACAAGAACAACAACAUAGGUGCAGCAAAGGUGAAAAUAAUACGAUACUUUACGGCGUCAAACAAUAUGGAGCUUGUUUCAAAAUCUAAUAUGAGCGCCUUAGAGGAUCGUUCUUCAAAAAGCAUGGAAAAAUUAAAAAUGUUGGAUAUAACACGGGAUCGACCAGUUAAAGUGGCAGUAAAGGUCGCGGUACCGGUGCGAGAUCAUCCAAAGUUCAAUUUCGUUGGCAAACUCUUGGGUCCCAAGGGCAAUUCUAUGAAGCGUCUUCAAGAGGAGACAAUGUGUAAAAUGGCGGUCUUGGGUCGUGGCUCGAUGCGUGAUCGUAAAAAGGAGGAAGAGUUGCGUGCCAGUGGCGACAGUCGUUAUGCACAUCUCUUUGAGGACUUGCAUGUAGAGAUUUCCACAUUUGCAGCGCCCGCAGAAGCUCACGCACGCAUAGCAUACGCGCUGGCCGAAGUGCGAAGGUUCUUGGUGCCGGACUAUCACGACGACAUACGACAAGAGCAAAUGUGGGAAAUGCAAGCGUUGACUUCCUCAACUUCGCUGACCUUCACCGACGAUCAGCACAGUCCCAAUCGCGGUGGCGUCACCGAUAUGGAUACAUCGAAUGAUGAAAAGCUCGAGUUGGAACCGAAUGGUAUGGAAUGCAAUACACUUGUGGAUAAGAACGAGGCACAACAGGUGAGUUUAAGCAAUGAACAGCAACAACAACAGCUGCAUCAACACCAACAACAGCAACAACAACGCAAUUUACAUCAUUUACUACAUCAACCACCACCAACGUCGGCACGUGGCCCCAACACGCCCGUCGCCACAGUAGCAACUCAUCAUCACACCAAUCUCUUGCCGACCAAUACCGAUGGUCUCUGUCAGAAAGCGAGUGCCGGCAGCACAGCAACAGCUAUGAAUUCCUUUCCACUAGUACACCCAGCAGCUAUGUCGGUUGCAUUACAACACCAAUUGACCGCAGCCAGUAUUGGUAAUAUAUUGAAGCCAGCCGCACCGACGGCAGCUGGUGUGCCUACGGUGACUGAUUUGCAUGCGGCAACACAACAGCCGAACACAGCCGGCGGCAUAGCAUUGCCAACGGAGGCUGAAGCGCCCAUGGCAGCCACGUUGGGUUUGUUGGAUCCACCCACUGGAGCGUUGUUGCACCCGGCGUUGCGCAGCGUCAAGGCAAUCAAUAUUGCGGGUGGCUUGGCCCGCAAGCGGCCACUAUUGGGUGUGCCACGUUCUAGCAUGAAUCCAACUAAACGCACUGUAAUGACUUUACUAGCCAGAGCCAAGAACUCGCAGGCUUUGCACGCGGUACGAAAUCCGAUUGCAGCAGCCACGGCGGCCCGAUUUGCUGAUCCCUUACAGAUGCUUACCUCCCCAUUUAUAUUGUCAUCGCAACCCAUGGAUCAGUCGAUGCUAACAUUUCCUAAGGAAAGUCUCGCACAAGGAGUCUAAGUCUAAUUCACACACACAAAAGACAAGGUAUUUUGAAAUGAAAAAAUUUGAUCCUUAUUGAGCCCGCCUCCACCUACACACCAAUGUAUUACAAUUAAGAAAUCACAAAAUACAAGAUUAAUAUUUAAUAUAUAAUAUAUAUAUAUAUAUAUAUAAAAAAUAUAUAUUUAAAAACAAAAACUCGCCCAACGCAAAUAUAAAUUGAACUUAAAGCAAGAAAACACAAAAACAAAACAUGAACUGUUAAAUUAAAAAUAAAGUAAAAAGUGAAAAUAAAAAUAAAAUAAAAAACAAAAAAAUUAAUUAUACAGAUAUUUAUACAAUUAUACCUAAACUUAUCGGAAUGUUGAAAUUAACGACACAUUACGAGUAUUAUGAAGAAACACAUCUUUAGGGACUAACUGGCAACAUAAGUGUACACGACAAGUAACUUUGAAAACAAAAACAAAGCAAAAACAAAAAGUAAACUUAAAAACGCAAUAUAUUUUAUUUACACAUAAAAACUAAACACUUAAACUAUAUUACUAAAAUCAAAGCAAAAAAUGAAUUAUUAAAUAUAUAUAUAUACUAUAUAUUAAGCAAAAUUUAAGCGAAGUCUUAAAAUUAAUGAAAUUGAAAUAAAAAAAAUAUCUUGACAACGCAAAAAUUGUUUUAUUCUACAUAUUCACAUUAUGAAUGAAUUAAAAAUAAAAUUUAAUAUAUAUAAACAUUUAAAAGCUAAAGUAUUACUUAAAUAUAGUUGAUAAUAAACAUGGGAAAUUAAAUUAAGAUUUAAACAACAUUACAAUUUAAUGUGAAAAGAACUUUAAUGUGAGACAUAAACAGCAAACGAAAUUACUUUAAAGCAUUACUUUAAAACAUUACAAAUUUUUAAAGAAAUAUUAUAUAUUUAUAUUGUAUUAACAUAAUUUUUUACGAUUUUAGACUUGAAAACGCAAUUAGUUUCCAUGUUGCUAUGAAUGUGUGUACUAAAAGUAAUUAUAAAUAAUUAGUAUAAAUAUAUAUAUAUAUAUGUAUAUGUAUUUGUAUUAGUAGUGUACGUGCAUGCAAUAUACGCAAACUAAAUACAAACAUACAAACAGACAUACAAUGUGCAUAUAUACAACAAAGUUGAGCGAUGAUUUUGAGGCAUUGCUUCCGUGAGUGGGAUGCAGCGCGUCCUUAGCCGCCCAUGGCAAUGGUUUCAAAGCAAUGCAAGGGGAAGCACCGAAAGGCUAACGAUUUAUCGGUUAUUAUUCACACUGACUACCUUGAAGUGGCAGUAAAUGCAUAAAAGCUAAUAAGGAAAAUAAAAUUUGCGAAAAUAUAUUUAAAAAAAAUACAUAAAAAAAACUAAAAUAAAAAAAAUUAAAAAAAAUAAAAAUAAAAAAAAUAAAACUAAAAAAAAUCAAAUUAAAAAAAUAAAUUAAAAAAAGUAUUAUGACACCGACUAUCUUGAAGUAGAGUAACUGCAUAAAAGCGAAUUAUUAAAAUAAAAUUGAAUUUAAUAAAAAGUAGUAAAUUUGAGUAAAUACAACAUAUAAAAAAUACAACAAAAAAUAUAUUAAAAACAUUUAAAGAAUAAAAAAUAAAAUAUACAAAAAUAAAACUGAAAAAAAUAAAAUAAAAUAAAAAUAAAACUAAAAAAAUAGUAUUAAUGACGUCGAGUGCAGUAAAUUUGAGAAAGUAUAAAAAAAUACAAUAAAAAAAUAUAAAAAAUAAAAAUAAAAAUAUUAUUAAAAAUAACGCUGACUGCGUUGAAGAGGAAGAAAAUGCAUAAAAGUUAAUAACAAAAAUAAGAAUAAAAAAAAUUAACAAAAAUAAUUUGAAAUAUAAAAAAUUAAAUAAUUGAAAUAUAAAAAAUUAAAUAAUUGAAAUAUAAAAAAACUAUUUAAAACGACUUAAAAACAUGGUUGCAAAUUUUUAAAUUAAUGAAAUAAAAAAAAAGAAAUAAAAAUUAGAAAUUUAAUUUUCAUUAAAAAUUUAAUUUUUUAAUCCGAAAAUUAAAAAUUUAAUUUUAAAAUUUUACAAAAGUAAAAAUUUAAUUUUUAUUUCCCGAAAACGUAAUAAGAAAUUUUAAAUUCAUAUAAAUAUAAAGGACUUUAAUCACAGUCGAAACAAAAGCGUUUUCAAAUUUAUAAUCAACUUUUGGCACAAAUUAAUAAAUAAAAUAAAAUUGAAAAUUAAUAAAUAAAAUAAAAAACAAAAAAUGUAAACAAAAUACUAAUGAAAAUCUAAAAACAUAAUAAAAAAAUAUAAAUAAAAUAUAAAACAGUUAAAAUAAAGUUUUUUUUAUAAUAAAAAAUAUAAAUAAAUAUAAAAUAUUUAAAAUGUUAAACUUAAACCUUUCCGCGCAGAACAUCGCUCAACGUGUCGCUUUCACAAACUUUAUUUUAUAAAGGCGCUACAUACUCACAUACAUACAUAUGUAGAUGCAUAUAAAUAUAAGUACAAUAUAUGUAUAUAUGUAUUGCAUGCUGCAAUUUAUGUAUGCGGUUGGAAAACAAACGCAAAUAUUGGGAAAAUAUAUAAAGUACAUAUUUACAAGCAAACUAAAGCACCAACAAUAAAUGCGCCAAACGCAAUAUUUAAGCGAAACCCUAAAUAAAAUAAGAAGAAAUGCGCUUCAUUUACUCUUACAUACAUACUUAUGAUUAUAGCUUUUAACUCACAAUCAUUUACAGAAUAUUAUUAAGUGCAUUUUUACAAUUUUCGGGGUUUUUAAUUUUUUUUGGCAUGCAUAUAAUAUUUUUAUAAAAUGAUUUUUUUUAUUAUUAUUUUUUUUUAUUUUUUAUAAUUUUUUUUAUUUUUAAUUUAAAUUUUUUGUGAUAUAUUUUAAUGAUACUAUUUUAUUCCUAUUUUUUAAUAAUCUUUUUGUUUUACUUUUUAUUUAGUUUUUAUAUUUUACUAAAGCAACAUUUUUUUGCUUUAAUUCAAACAUUUUUAUUUUUUUAUUUAAAACUUUGGCAUGCAUAUAAAAUAUUUAAAACAAAUAAAAUGUAAAAUUAUUUUUAUCGAUAUUUAAUUUUUCUUUAUUUAUUUUUAAUUUUAAUUUUUCUACUCUAUAAUUUAAUAAUAAUAUUUAUUAUAAUAAUUUUACUUCUUUUUAAUAUUACUUUUUAUUUAUUUUUAUGUUGUUUUUUUAUUAUUAUUAUAUUUUUUUAUAUUUUUUUGAAAUUUUUUGGUUUUUAAUUGAGCAUUUUUAAUUUUUAUUUAAAACAAUACAAAAUAUUAAAAAAAAUAUAUAUUAAAUUUUUUUAAUUUUUGUGAUUUUUUCUUAAUUUUUUUGUUCUAUAUUUUAAUAAUAAUAUUUUUUCUUUUAUUAUUUUAUUUUUACCUUUUAUCUAGUUUUUUAUUUUUCAUGUUGUUUUAAUUUUUUUAUUUAAUUUUUUUAAAUAUUUUUUAUGGAUUUUGUUUAAAAUUUUUAAGCAAACUUUUGUUUUUAUAAAAUUAUUUAUAUUAAUAUUUUAUUUUUUAUGAUUUUUUUAAUUUUUUAUUUAAUUAAUUUUUUUUUUUUGUUGUAUAAUUUAAUAAUAAUAUUUUUCUUAUAUAUUUUCUUUUUACUUUUUAGUUAUUUUUGUAUUUUUUAGGUUGUUUUAAUUUUUCCAUUUAAUUUUUUUGAAUAUUUUUUAUUGAUUUUGUUGAAGAUUUUUAUUUUUUCUUUAUAACUUUUUUUAUAAAAUUAAUAAUUUUAAUAUUUUAUCUAUUAUGAUUUUUUUAAUUUUUUAUUUUAAUUUUUUUUGUUGUUAAUUUUAACAAUAAUAUUAUAUUAUAUUUUUUAAUAUUAUUUAUUUUUUUACUUUUUAUUUAGUUCAUAUCUUUAUGCCGUUUUAAGGCUUAUUUUAAUAUUUAUUUUUUUAUUAAACAUUUAAAUUUUUUGUUUAAAGUUUUGCAGGCGUAUAAUGGUUUUAUAAAAUAAUUUUUUAAUAUUAAAAAAAAACAUUCUAAAAAUUAGUUUUUAGAUUAUUUUUAAUUUACGAACAAUCGAAAUAUGAAAUAAUCGACUUUUUAAAAUUUUCACACAAGGUGCGUCCCUUAUAAAUAAUAUUUGUUUAUGUUCUACUAUUAAUUUAGUUUAAACUUUUUAUUAUAAUUUUUUUUUAAUAUUAUUACUAUAUUUUGUGCAAGUAAAAAGCAACCAUGCGUGAGUAAUAAAAUAUGCAUAAACAGUAUAUUUCUAACGGUUGCCAAUAGCUUGCUGUUUAUAGUUGCUUUUGUAUUUAUAUAUCGUCACUUUCUAUUAAAUUAAUAACGACACUUUUAAUGCGCCAUAAAAUGGGCUCAAUUUUUAUGACAUUACAUACAAAUGCAAACACGUGCUAAUGCAUACAUUUAAACAACUACAACAACACAUUGCAAUAAACUUAAUUUAAUGAUUAUUAAAUAAUAUAUACAAAAACAUUAAAGUCAAUGUAAUUUACACAUAAAUAAUAAUGAUUGUUAAUUAACGAAGUAAUGAAGCAUUAACUCAUGUAUAUGUAUGUAUGUAUAUUGUUGCAAAACAGCAAGCGCUUUAAGAGUAAACCAAGAGGAAACGAAUAAACAAUGGAAUCAAAAUGUUUUAAAUGUGAAAUUAAAUCCGCAAUUAAACAGAAUUAAAGAAAUAAAUAAUGCAAUGCAAAAACACGAAAUUAAUGAAAUUAAAUUAAUUAAUUAAAAAUUAAUUAAAUUUAUAUAUACACUUAACUAAAUGUUAGCAGCGAUACUAAAUGCAUUUUAAGUAACUAAUUCCAAAAACAAAACAAAAAAUUAAUAUUAUACAUAUACAAAAAUAUAUUAAAAGAAAACGAUAUAAAAAAACAAAAACAAAUUAAGCAUAUAUACUUAUAAAGCAAUUACGAAUAAUUAACUGUUGUACCACAAAUAUUGAUUACUGCAUGUUUCAAUGUGAAAAGCUAACAGGUGUUGAAUUUCAAACAAACAAAAAAACAAAAACAAAUACAAAAUAAAUAAAAAAAAAAAAAAACAACAACAAAGGUUUGGUUAGUAAAACGGCAAUACAAAAGAAAAAACAAAAAUAAAA